CAGUACCAACAUUCAAAGGCAGACAUUCCGAUUCCAGUCGGUUUCGUAUGUGUCGUACUACACAACCACCGGUGACAUCGUGCAAAAAUACUCCUCCAUCGUCCUCGUGAAUUCAUCGUGGUUAGUGCCAUCGGCAUCAUAUCUCAUAUGACAAUGAUACGUCUCCUUUAGUUCUGAGGGGAAAGCCGUAUUUUUCCCUUCGUCACCAGGGUCAUUCACAUUAACGUAUAGUAUUCCCGAUUCCCACUCCUUGACCUGGACUUCCCGUCUUCCCCGCGAACCCAAUAAAACUCUAAUUCAAGUUCCACUCUGAGGCGCAUAAUUCAUAAGUUCAAAAUCGCGAAUCACGAUGAUGUCCUCGAAUAGUCGUGUAGGCCUUUUUUUUUCUGGACCAGAAAAUCCCGAGCCAGAAUCACAAAACAUCUUCAACAAGAAAAAGCAGUGUCUCAACAUCGUCGUCCGGGAAGAUUCGCACCAGCAAGCACAACAUCAAAUAAAGGCGACACUUUUCAGUAAGACCACGGACGCGCGCGAAAAUGUCGUCCGGGCUGCUGGUGUUUAGCUUUUUUCCGACCGACGAGUUAACGUGUUUCUACGUGGGGUUCUCUUUUCUCUUCACGUUGAUCGCGAUCUUCAUCAUUGCUAUGCAAACGGUGGAGCAGUACACGCAAGUCUUAUUUUUUGGAAAACGCGAGCACAUGGAUCAGUGGGCGGAUCACGAAGAAGCCGAUCCGCAACUGCAUUUCAUCCACGGGAAUCGCAAUCAACAUUGAACGAACGGCAAAGGGAGGAGCUAGACAAGGAAAACAAUCAGCAUGACACCGGUCGACCUUGUUGAUGUAGGUGACAAGGAUGAUGAGCGUCCGUCCACCAUCGAAGUUCUUUCUGACGCUUCUAGCUCGACAGGCCCUGGAACAACUAGAGCGCCGCCAAGGCCUCAGCCAACAGGUAUGGUCCUUCGGGACAGCACUUAUCUGACCAACAGCGUGUCAAACGCGCUGCAGUCCAAAGUGUUGGCGCAUUUUUCGAAAGUGCGGAAGAGGACGACGGGGACGUCGAUGGAGGACAUAGGCGACGGAGCUAGUGUAUCACGAGAGCAAGACGCUGACAGUGACACUGUUAUAGUAGACCAGGGAGUUUCAUCAUCGGAUGACGCCGUGUCGGCACGUCACAAUUAUGCACCUGCCGCUGCACCGCAGUCGCAGCUUCCAGAGCUGGAUCUGCUUGGGGGUUGCUCGUCAUCUUCUCGGGAAGAACAAGAAGCAUCUUCUUUCCUGCCUCCGACGCUCUUGGUGGAAAGUAAUGACACAGAAGACCACGGGCUGAAACGGAAAGCACAGCAGGAACAAACAGGAGCGGGAGCUUUGGAGAAGGGUCCUUUUCUCUUUGUUCCUGAGGCACAGCGACGAUUUAGCAGCCUGGUCGCAGAUAAUUGGGAAACUGUGCAACAACUCCUAGAUGCCGGUGCCACCGAGGACGAAAUCGAGAAAGCUCUCAGGAGUAUAGUUUAAGUCUUUUGUUUUUACUUAAUUUCGGAGUUGAUUUUGAUACAUGAUAUUCACCAGGCAGACGAACUCAAACAUCAUCAAGGAGCUUUGUUUGGCUUGGAGCAGAUUGAUUGCAUUUGCCUUUUGCCUUUUUUCCAAAUAAAAACGAAGACGGUGCUGACGAUGCGUAUCACUCAAAGAUCAAGACCGAAAAUCGAAUUUGCAGUUGCUGCCACUCCCUCCGCUGCCCCAGCGACGCCGCCGAAGCCGAUGGAUACUGACGCGCAGCGGGAUCUUCUUGCGCGCGUGAACAUGAUGUACAGUCCGCGCGGCAACAAGGAAAAAGAUGCCGCAGCCGCAGCAAAGAGCAGUAGCUCCUCAACCAAAAAUAUACCUGCUACUGCCGCAGGAGCAUCACAACGAGGCACGAAUAACAGCGCCGCGAACCAGCAGAAAUCGACUACCCCGCAUCCGUUUACCCCAAAAGACUUCCCACCAGAUAAAUUCGAGAAUCUGAGUCGAACUAAAGUACAGUACACGCCGAACCCGCGGACUACAGGGGCCGGCGCAGCCGAGAAGUUGUAUAAUCCUCAUGAAGACAGCGCCGGCGCGUCGAUAUUGAAUCCCAACGCUUCAUCGCUCGCGCAGUCAGAGGAUUUGAACCCGAACGCAUCAGGAGGCCCAGCAGGCGCCAAGCAAUCGCCAGGUCUAUUUCCACGAGGUAACGACCAAACUCGGCCGUCUGCUGCUUUGGAGGGCAGUCCCUUGUUGUCUCGCAUGGACAACUCGGUGAUGGGUGCUGGACAAGCAGGCGUCUCCAUGGGACCGGGAUUCGGUGGAGGACGUGCUACAACAACCGCGCCGGUGGUGCCACCAGGCGUCGCCGCCCCAGGCGGAGGUUCUGGUGCGGUGGGACCACAAGCUCAAGCUCAAGGUCAGCCUUUCAAUAUGACGAACAAACGAUUUAGCUCCAUGGUCGUGGACAACUGGGACACCGUGCAAUCUCUGAUGCAAAACGGUGCCACCUUGGACGAAAUAGAGGCCAGUCUGACCGGCGCGACAAAUCCGUCACUGCGCGGCCCGAACUACGCCGGGACGAGUGCAAUUCCUGACACAAGCAAAACCCUUCUCGACAAAGCCGAACUCCGGGCCGGAGUGGCCGCUCCUCCCGGAGCGGACGGCUUUCCACCCGAUCGCGGGUUCCAGACGGUGCAGGAAACGCCAAGGCGCCGAUUUAGCAGCCUGGUCUUGGACCAUUGGGACAAAGUACAGGAGUUGCUGAAUCAGGGUGCUUCGGCGGAGGAGAUCGAGCGCGUUUUGAACGAGGAGGAUCGCAAAAAAGCCGCCGGGCUUGGGCUUGAACCAACGCCGGGAGCAGCCCUCAGUCCGCGUGCGGAAUCCAUGCCUGCUUCGUCUGCGCGGUCGCUCCGAGGAGCAGCAGAGCAGGCUCCCCAGCCAGCCGGCGCAGGAGCCCUGCCUCCCAGAAGGUUCAGCAGCAUGGUGGUCGAAAAGUGGGCGGACGUCGAAGAUAUCUUCAAGAGAGGUGGCAACCUGCAGGACGUGCAGGAUUACUUCAAGGAGCUUGAGCGAAAGGGGCUGUCCGGCCCAGUAGGGGCGCCGCCAGAGAGCUUACCGAUGAUGGAGGGAAUCGGGGGCGCGGCACAGGUAAAGACCGCCUUGCUUUUUUAUUCCCGCUUGGGCUUGUAAGUUGUGUAUGUGUUCUCACUUUGAAUUUUGUCGCAGUAAACUCGCAACACGUUUCUUUGAUGCACUGUUCCUUUUUCAUCUUCUGCUUCUGCAGCUGCACCAAGUGCACUUAUAAACGAAGCAUUUCUAGAGUUGUACAAAAAAAAUUUCUAUAUCAACUUGCAGAGUAGUUGUUGAAAAAAAAACCACAUCAGGUGCCACAGGAUGUUGGUCUCGGUGCGAGCUUUGGGUCCCCGCUCCAAGGUAGUCGCAGGCCUGGCUCUCUCCCAACCGCACAGCUCGCACAGCAGGACCGAAUAUGGCAAGAGGGACGACACAACAACAGGGAAUUGGAAGCCCCGACGAUGGAUACCGGCGGCCCCCAGGGCUUGCCGCCGGUCGGCGCUUUAUUUGGGCACGUGCCGAAGAUCCUGCAGCGAAGUGUUUUCGGUUGCGCGCAGCACGGCAUUCUGGGGUGCCACAUUUGCGGGAUGGGCAACAAAGUAUAUACGCGCAACGUGCCACAAAUGUUGUUUCCCACGAGCUGGCCCUUCCUUGGGGUGCCGAACGCGGUUGUCGGUCCCAACGCGAUCGGGUUCGCCAGGUCGGGACUGACGCGGAUCGCAAAAGGCCCAACCGACUACGUGCAAUUGGCGCGCCACGAGAUGGCCGAGCGGCACCCGGAUUUUCAGGUCAACGGGGUCGUGCCGCCGCUUGGCGUCCUGAUGCCCUUGGAAACGCCUCCAAAGGAAGUGAAUGCGCCUACCUACGGCAUCACCACCGGUGCCGGUCCGGAUGGCAAACUCCGCCGGUAUCUGCCGGCUUUCCCUCCCAUGACCGCCAACUCCGGGCACCGGGCCAGUCUCCUCAACCUGCAGCAGAACGCCAUCGACUAUCGAAGCGGCAAAAUUCCCUCCAGCGGAGGUGAUGAGAAGGGCCACUUUCGUUUCUACGACGACAUUGGCAUCCACCCGUUGGAGCUGGGUCACUCGCCGCUGUUCGUGACGCCAAGGAAAGAUCCUCUGCAGGGUGGACACAUCGAGGGACUGAAUUUCACCAGAACGGCAGCAGGAGCGACCGCCGCAGUGAGAAGCAGUAGUACCCCCGCAACAGUUGCUAGCCCAAAUUUACUUGACGCGAGGCCAAGCGCUGUGGAACUACAGGGGCCGAUAGCGGAGGAACCAGACCGGAUCACUGGACCAUCCCCAGUCGCGCAGCAAGAAGAACGCACGCCAUCGAAGACAAGCAGGGGGAACCCGCUGGACCCCGCCUUGAAGGCGAGUUUCCUGAAAAGCUCGGCGGGACCUCCGAACAGCAGUGGUGGAGCCAAGUCAGGCUCGGGUGGCUCUGCAACGAAACGGAUGCUCUCUCCAAGGGGAUUCGCGGGCCCGGCGGUGUACAUUCCCAGCCCCCGGGGGAACGACGUGAAGAAGGUCGACUUGGAGCAUCGCGGCCCGGGGUUCGGGAUGUCACACCAGAAGGCGCAAACCAAAAACGCGGACGGCACCGAAACGUCACGAUGGGCCACGGUGGUGACCAGACCGCAAGCCGCCCCCCGUGGGGUGUAUGUUCCCGAACCGGAGGAAGACGACGCAGACGACGUACCCGCCGCAAACGACCCGGCAGUAAAUCCCGAGUUUGUGGCCUCCACGGGCAAAAACGACAUCGCCGCGGAGGGUGAAGCGGGUGCGCCAGAAAGGCGUAAGUCGGAGAUAGACCAGGAGCUUAUCGACAACGCGGACCAAUCUCUCGCAGACAUCGGCGCCAUGCUUUCGAAGCAGUUAGGGCUCGACCCCUUGACAAUGAAAAAACCAGAGGGUGAGUCUUUGGCUCUGCGGUCCUCUCUAGCGAUAGAGAGAGGCGGCUUCGACGACGAGGUGGAUGUAGAAGACGUCGGCAUGUCCAGUAGAGGACGGAGUAGAAAUAAUGUGAGCAAUUAUAGGGCGAGCGUCAAUAGCAAAGGCAACGGAAAAAAGCAACCACAGUUUGCGCAGCCGACUACGCAAUCAAGGAAUAGGUCGUCCGUUGUGACCACCGUAAUAAAGAGUACAGCUACACCAGAGACGUUGAUGAACACCGCAACAGGCAUCGCUAGCACUCCUGCUACGGCGAAUAAGAGUAAGUCGGCCGCGAAGUCGCGGCUCGAAGAGAGCUACCGACAGCUUCGAACCGCGCGGGAACGAGUUGCGAAAAUUCGCGCGGACCAGGAGACGAGUGAUCCCGCCCCACCAGCACCUCGGAAAGGAAACAAUGCCACCGCGGGGAAGCUUUCCGCACCAAAUAGGCCGACGCAGAAGCGGGCGUCUCUCGUGAACAAUACAACGUCCUCAGACGAAUUCACGUCCUCAGGGCGGGACGAUUCGCUGGGCCCAACGAUGCAUCACUACGGCCCUGCUGGCUCAUCCGCGUCAAUAUCGGGAAGUAACACGAAUGACAGCGCGACGCGAAACUCACAGUGGUUGCACCACGACAGCGGCGAAAACCACUACGACCGGACACUUCGGAUGCUUGGUGGCGGGGGUAACAAGCGAGGUGGACCAAAUGAGCCGCCAAGGACGUCGGGCGGAGUCGUGGGUGCAGCUGCGGCACCCGCGAGAAUGUUUUAUCCGGAGACGGAUAAUUUACAAACCAGUUGCGCAACUCUACUUCCCAUCAACGAGCGUCCUAUCUCGCGAAGCGUAAGUCCUGCGAAUCCACCAACACUGGUCGUGCCGCCGAUGCGGCCAAUGGAGCGGCAGCGAGGUCGUGCACCAGCGUCAACGCUGCCAACGACUGUUGGCAAAGUGCCGUUGCUGAAGGCUGUUGGAGACGUCGAGGACCAUGGCAGCAGUUACAACGGGUCGUCGCCUUUAGAUGAGGGUAAGGCUGCUCUCGCGGCUCUGGCGCAACAAAAUCGCGGUGCCAGCAGGGAGGACGACAAGAUAAAACUUCCGAAAAAGCUCCACUCCAGUGCGGCGAACCUGUUGGCUCGAGUGAACGAGCUGAAGGCACGACUUGAAGUGAAAAGCGACGCGGCAGAGCGCAACAGCAUCAUCGGCGCGAGCCUGGCGGAGUUUUUGCACUACAAUCUCGAGUCUCCAGCACCAAACCUGGCAGCUCUUGAGCAGGAUAAAGCAAAUAAGGCAAACGCGGAGCUGCAACGACGUCUACAGAAUGAGCACAACACCGCAGCGACAGUCCUGAAACAGGCGGACGCGGUUGCUCAGAACGAGAUUUUACACAAUGUGGAACGCUUGAAGGAAUGUCUCAGCCGAAACGACGCCCUCUAAUCAGCAGGAGCAAAUGGAGUUGAUGCAUUCAGAUUCACACUCAUUUUCAAGCUGCAAUGGUUGUUGUAGAGGUUUGUCUUUUUGCGCUUGUUUGUAUACCUUCUAUCGCUCUUCUAAUUCUUUUGAAAGUUGUCGUGAUAGAAGCACUCCACCUUCACAUGCUUUCCUUGGUAGCAAUGUACGCACUUCUACUUUUUGCACCCUCGUUUCCACCUCUUGUAUUAACCUCGAGUGGUGACAAAUUGAAAUCGAAGAUCUCAAUCUCCCCGAGACUUCUAUGCUUGCGCUACCAGCACAUUCAGUGGCAUUGGAGGUAAGUAAGUACUGCUACAGAUACGCCCAUCCGUAGUAUUGCUUUGUACUGUCUCGCACUUCAUAUUAUCCCCGCCAAAACCUCAAUCCUUCUAGAUUCUAUGUUUAUUUCUCAGAAGUCACAGUCAGUAGCACUACAAAAUUGCAAGUAUAUUUUCCAAGAAGAUAUUUACGGAUACGCAUAUGCUUUUUUUCCCUCAGAUAGAUCAUUUCUUUUUGCGUCUGAGGUGCGACUUGUUUGCUCGAUUUGAUUUUCUAAUUUGGUGGCUUUGC